AUGUUUCUUGGAUUUGGUAUUGUUUCUGCAAUUGUCUCCGGCUCAGCCAUGCUUGGUGAAUUAGCAUAUUCGAAAGAAAGGCCGGUUAUGACUUCUCUCUUCAAUGCAUCUUGGUUUGUAGGAUCUUUAGUUGCCUCCGGUAUUACUGUUCGCACUGCAAGCAUCAAUACAGAUUGGGGAUGGAGAAUACCAUCUCUUCUUCAAGCCUGUCCCUCACUUACUCAGAUCAUCUUCGUCUUCUUCCUACCGGAAAGUCCUCGGUACCUUGUUAGCAAAGAUAGACGUGACGAAGCAUUCGAUAUCUUGGUCAAGUAUCAUGCAGAAGGAAAUCGUGAUUCGGUAUUUGUUCGUGCUGAAAUGACUCAGAUUGAAACAACAAUCAAACUAGAAUUAGAAGCUUCUAAACGAUCUUGGAUGUCCAUGUUGAGUACUCCUGGAAUGAGACGCCGCGUAUUUCUCGCUUCUGCCAUGGGAGUCUUCACACAAUGGUCCGGCAAUACCUUGAUUUCAUUCUACCUUUCCAAGAUCCUUGCCAUGAUAGGUUACACGGAUACCAACACUAAAACCGUGAUUAAUCUCGGUUCGACAGCUUGGUCUUUCCUCACAGGAACUUUAACCGCCCUCAUAGUACCACGGUACAAACGACGCACUAUGUUUUUACUCUGUGCCUGUAGCAUGUUCUUCGUGUAUAUAGCAUGGACGAUUAGUAUGCAACGAGCCAUGCUAGCAUAUGAUACCGAUCGGCUCAACAAAGCUGCUGCUAUCACCACACUGUAUUUCAUAUUUCUCUACUCACCUUGUUAUAACAUUGGGAACAAUGCACUUGCAUAUACCUACCUAGUAGAACUCUUCCCCUACGCAGACCGUUCUCGUGGCGUCUCCAUCGAACAAUUUUUCGUCCGAGCCGCUAAUUUCUCCACCAUCUAUGUAAAUCCCAUCGGUAUGGCCAAGAUCGGUUGGAAAUAUCUUAUUAUGUAUUGUGUGACCAUUUGCAUUGAGAUAAUUGUGGUUUACUUCUUUUAUCCUGAGACUCAGGGACGCACAUUGAAAGAACUUGCUUUUCUAUUUGAAGACAAUGCAUUCGCAGAGAAAGCUGCUGUGGCUGUGGAGAAAACUAUACAUUUUGAUCACCGUGAUGAGGCAAGGACUGCGUAA